UGCAUGCGUGUCAAACUGUCAAAUGUGUCGCAAUGCAUAACAAUUCGUAUUCAUUCUUAUUGUGUACUGAAGACGUCAUUUAGAAAUAUGAAUAAGUAGAUAAGAAUUCAUGAAAGUAGAAUUAUUGUAUAAAGGCUAUCGAGUCGCGAUCUAUCGCUGCAAACCGCAAAACAACGUUGAAAGUAUAGGAAGAAACGAACCCUGUGCGUUUCUAUAACCUGUGACGAAAUUUUACUAUCCUUUAAACGAACAUAUCGAGAGAAUAUCGUGUUAUAAAUUUUACACGUAAUGCUUGCCACAAGUAGAGAAGUUCGUCGUAUAGCGAGGGAAACACUCUUUGGAACCUUGCGACGUUAUGCCAAAAUGCAGACAGCUACUCUGCAAGAAGCUGCACUCGAAGAACGAUGCAUUCUAGUCGAUAGCCAAGAUCGUCCUCUUGGAGAAGCUUCCAAGAGAGAUUGCCAUCGCGUCGGUCAAGACGGUAGUAUCCCUCUUCACAGAGCGUUCAGCAUAUUUCUUUUCAAUCAAAAAGGGGACUUGUUACUCCAAAAACGAUCGGCAAACAAGGUCACUUUCCCAGCUCAUUAUACGAACACAUGCUGCAGUCAUCCUCUGGCGGAGAUACCUGAAGAAAUGGAGGAACGAAAUGUACUAGGUAUUCGAAAAGCUGCUCAACGCCGGCUUUCUUACGAAUUGGGAAUUCCCGCUAAUCAGGUUCAGCCGAACGACUUCACGUACCUCACCAGGAUUCAUUAUCACGAUAUUGGGGACGGUCACUGGGGCGAGCAUGAGAUAGACUACAUAUUAUUUCUUCAAAAGGCGAACAUAACUCUUGAUCCUAAUGCUGAUGAGGUCAGUGAAGUUCGUUGGGUCUCCAGGCGACAGAUGCCAGAUUUCUUGAAACUCGUGGACUGCCCUCUCACUCCGUGGUUUCAACUUAUCCUUACACAUAGACUACCCCUUUGGUGGGACAAUCUUCAGGCUCUUGAAAAACUGCAGGAUCAUACUCACAUACAGCGUUUUGAAUGAUGUACUUUUAAAACGUUUCUGAAUCUCUCACGAAGUUGAGCAAAUUUUGUACAUACCUUGAUGCAAAUGGUAUUACAUAUAUCAUUCGCAGUGCAUAGUAUCAAAUUAUGUAACAUACGUUGAGCUAAGUAUGUGUAAUUGAUAAUUCUAUUCAACAACAAGCAUAAUAUCAGAGUUUU